CCCACCACAACGCAAGCAUGACCUCACACAACACAAACGACAGCCAAAACCCGUGGGAAGACGAGCCCGGCCACCACGGCGGCUUCCAAAACCAAACCCACAACUCAUACCACGCCUACGAAGACCAGACACGCGCCCAACCCCACACAUCGCCCUACCAGCCCACGUCCCCACCUCAGCAGACCUCGCCCUACCAACCAACCACGACCCCCUCCUACCAAGAGUCCGCACACCACGAAUACCAGCCCCCAAACCAUCCCCCACCAAACUUCCAAGCCGCAUACUCGUCCCCCACGCAAACCCAAACCCAGCCCCACCAAACGCCCUUCCAGAACACGCCCGACUACGCCCCGCCCGCGCACAACGCACCCCAUCAAACUCCCACCUACGGCUCUGGCUUCGAAGACAAUGAGCGUCCCCCGACCCUGCCACCGCGCCGCUCGGCAACAGACCUCGCGCUGCCCACAGGCCACGACCGCACGCACCAGAUCGAAGUGAUGCAGAGCUACGAGGCGUCCGGGCGACGUGACGAGCAUGAUUUCAAUGUCGAGAUUCUGCAGCGCGAGUUUCCGAAGAUCGAUGGCAGUUUGAUAGCCGCGAUUUAUGGGGAUAGUAAGAGUUUGAGUGCGACGAGGGAGAUGUUGGGGGAGUUGGGAGGGUGAGAUUCCGAGGAGGGCAGGAAAAAUGUAGGUUAAGUAACGACAGUAUAUAUGACUGGUAUAGCACCGGAGAUGCUGAAUUAUGAACAAAUAUUUCAUUCGACUGUGCACGCUUUUUGUACAGUCUGCAACGCCUUAAUCCCCUAUGGUACGCCGGAAAACAGUGCGACUUCUACUCACAACGCCUGUAUCCCCUUGAAAAAGCCAUUCUCCUUCAACGCCUGAUUCUCGCCAACCAUCUCCUUCAUGCGCUCCACCUGCUGUUUCUUCGUCAACCCCUUACUCUGC